AUGGCUUUCGCUGAGGUCCAUUCGCGUGUCAAGAAAAGGUACAACUUGCAGGAUAACUUCCAAUCUUUGCAAGGCCAUGAAAAUCUACUUAUUCAAUAUACUGAAAAGAAAAUAUCCAAAUUGCGCUGGAGACCGGAUCCCAAGGGCCAUAGCAGCCACGAGAAUAUCUUUGCGACUGGUACAUGGGACGAAUUGCAUAACGUCGUCAAUAUAUGGAACUAUGAGAAAGGCAGAACUUUCCGGGAAGAUACACACCAAGAAUCUGCGCUGAAUGAACCUCAACUUAUCACCUCGAUGCAUCAUCAAGGCGAAGUAACUGAAUUAAAGUUCAUCGAUGAUGAAAAAUUAAUGACGUCCUCAUCAAAUGGCUCAUUAGAAUUGAUUCAAUUUUCACGGCCUCGACAGGAAUUGCAAUCUAUUUCUAAAUGGAAAAAUAUCCAUCAUUUCUCAUCCAAUUCCUGUCCCUGCACUGGUUUUUCUGUCAACUUACCAAAUAUAAUAACCGUUGGUGAAGAUAGUAGAAUCAAUAUCUUAAAAAUUGAUGUACAAGCUCCAAUUGCUACAAUAGAAGACAACAUAAGCAGCUGUUCCAUCAAUGCUGUAACAUGCGAAGGAAUAUCAGAAUUUAUUACUGUAGACUCUAUGGGUCGUCUAAAGGUUUGGGAUUUACGGCAGCCCUAUGAUAAACCCGCCAAAGUUAUGGUUUUAUCUGGAGAACAGACCUGCUUACAAUGUAUCGAUCAACACCCUAAUCAACCCCACGUUGCUAUAACUGGUAGUCAUGAUGGUUCUAUCAUUAUUUGGGAUCUUCGCCAAGAUAAAUACCCAACAGUUGUUCUAAAAGCCCAUAUGAGUACAGUUUGGGAAGUCAGAUUCCAUCGUCACUUCCCAAAUAACUUAUUUACUUGCUCUGAUGAUGGCUCAAUUUGGCACUGGGAUGGAUCUUUGAUUACUUCUACUAAUUUACCAACAUCUAUCCGUAACUUUUCCGAUAUUGAACCUGCCAAUGCUACAAAUCCUUGGUUGAUCAGUGAUGUUAUAAGAAACAAAAUAAGAAUUACCAGUGUUGCUCCUCACAAUAAAUUGCCUAUUAAUAGCUGUGACAUCAUAAAUCAGGACUUGAUAUGUGGGACCGAUGGCGAAGCAAUAAUAAUUGCGCAAGAUCUACUACUGAAAUAA